UCCUCGGACACCUGCGGCGCUUCCUCGUCUUCGGAUCAUGACGGCAGCUGCGGACUGGAUCGCGCGCGCAUGUCUCGUGUGGUGGUGCUGCUGCUGCUGCUUCUUCUUGCCCUCGUGCUUCGCGGCACCGUCGUCGGUCAGCAGCGCCGCAGGGUUGGAUGCCCAAGUCCACAAUGUGUCCAACAUCAGCACCUUCCUGAUGGAUACAGCCUCUGGGAUUCUGUACCUGGGAGCCUGUGAUGCCAUCCUGGCUGUGGACACCAACAACAUCAAGAAAACCAUGAAGAAUCCCAAGAAGAUCAUCUGGGACGUCCCUGAAGAAAAGCGGAGCGCUUGUGUAGCCAAGGGAAAGACAAAGGAGGAUUGUCGCAACUACAUCCGGCUGCUGGAGUUCCUGAGCGACGGCAGGAUCUACGUCUGCGGCACCUACGCCUUUGACCCCCAGUGUGCCACAGUUAAUGUCCUGGAUUUCUCCCUGGAGAAGGCAGAGGAUGGUGGUGUGAAGAUGGAGACAGGGAAGGGGAAGUGUCCCUUUGAGCCCAGCCAGCACUAUACCGCUGUCAUGGCAGAUGGAGUCCUGUACACUGCUGCCACCAGCAACUUCCUGGGCACCCUGUUUGAUAUCUCCAGGGCCACGGGGAACGAGGCGGAGCGAAUCCGCACCCACCAGUCCAUCAACUGGCUCAGCGACCCAGAGUUUGUGAGCUCUGCCUUCAUCCAGGAAAGCCCCGACAAUCCCAAAGGAGAGGAUGACAAGAUCUACUUCUUCUUCACAGAGGUCGCCAAAGAGUAUGAUCUCUACACAAAGGUCAAAGUGCCCAGGGUGGCUCGUGUGUGCAAGGGGGAUGUGGGGGGUAUGAAGACCCUCCAGAAACGCUGGACAACCUUCCUGAAGGCGCAGCUGGUGUGUGAGGACCGUGUUGGCGGCCAGCGUUACAGCAUCCUGACAGACGUCUACACCGUGGAGCACCGACCAGGGGAUCCCAGCAGCACCCAUUUCUAUGGCAUUUUCACCUCACAGUGGGAGAAGGAGCCUCUCUCCGCCGUUUGUGUCUACAGCCUGGAGGACAUCAAGAAGGUGAUGGAUGGGCCUUUCAAAGAGCUGAAGAAGAACUGUGAAAACUGGAUCAACCCAGAGCCCGUCCCCAGCCCUAGACCAGGACAGUGCAUCACGAGCGCCCUGAAGGCAGAGGGGUUCGAGUCCUCCCUGAAGCUGCCAGACAAGGUGUUGACGUUUGUGCGUGACCACCCCCUGAUGGAGAACAGUGUGGUCGCAGCGCCCCUGCUGGUGAGACGAGGAAUAACCUACACCAAGAUCGCAAUCGCGCCGCCACCUGUGUCACAGGACGGUCUGAGCAGCGCAGCCGUCCUGCUCCUGGGCACAGAUCGUGGGGAACUGCACAGAGUUUCUGUGGUGGGACAGAACACCACGCUGCUCCUGGAGACCCCCGUCUUCUCAGCCCAGGAGCCCGUCAACAACAUCCUUUUGCACAGGGACCAAGCGCUGGUGGGCUCUCCUCGCACCCUGGUGAACAUCCCGGCCGAAGGGUGCGCCCUGUACCCAAGCUGUGAGGUGUGUGCACGAGCGCGGCGCCUCGGCUGUGUGUGGCGACCUAAGGAAGGGGCAUGUGCUCCGGAGUUGGCAGAAACCAUCCAGACGGAGUCUGAUGAUGCUCUUCGGAGGUGUGACAGUAGAGAAGGCCGCUGCGCACCAGCAGAGAAGGAACUCCGUGUGAGUGAGGGGCUGCGCAUCCUGCUGCCCUGCGUCCAGAUCUCCACGCGACCCUGCUCCUGGGAUUACCCCGAGGACCGACACACGCGGCAGCACCACUCGGACUUGGAGGUCACCGUGUCGAGGGACAACGUGGGCCGCUACGCGUGCUACUGCGAGGACGGUGGGCGUGAGCAGGCUCCGUGCCGAAGGGCCGCGUACGUGCUCACCCUGCAGGACCCCAGUACGAGCAGCGUCGCGGCCCUGUCCGGAGGGCGACAUAUCGUGGCCGCCUACCUCUUGAGCUUGUUCGUCGGGGUCAUCUUGGGCUUCCUGCUCUGCGUGCUCCUCCGGAAGGGCCGUUCCGGUGCCGGCCGCUCGUCCGAGAAGCGUCGCGACUUCCUGCCGUCCUCUGACACGCCCCAGACCCCCAGCAGCGCGAGUCUGCUCUCUGAGGGCGUCCCCCUCACAGAGAAGAGGAACGGGACGCUCAAUGGGCACGGAGCCAUCUACGCCAACUGUAGCGGCGCAAGGAUGCAGGAGCCGGUGGUGAACCUCGCCGUGGAGCUCGACGCCAAGGAGAAGACGAGUCCGGAGGAGAUGGCUGAGCAGCUGGAGGAGGAGAUAGCGUCAGGGCUCGAGGAAUUCCCCGAGGUCAAAGUGCCCAGGGGCGCCCCUUUGGCCCAGUGUGAGGAGAGUUCCAUAUGAUGCCCAGUCAGUGGAACACCCCUGGAGCUCCAGCUAGUAGCUCAGAGAACAGGCCAGAAAAAGAGCACGCACGCACGCACACACACACACACACACACACACACACACACACACACACACGUGUGCGCAAACUCUAGACUCCCUCCUCUGCCUGUGUGGGUCUGUCCUCCCAUUCAGUGAGAGGUCCAGUAGAGGCUUUCUAUGUACCUGUGCUCUGUGGAGGGUGAGACUGGACCCGCUAACCCCUUUCCUGCACAGUAAGUGUGUCGCUAUGGCUGCUCCCAGAAAAAGAGAAUGAUGCACAUUUACAGGGCGAAUGCAGGCCAGAGCAACCCCCCACCCCACAGUAACAGUUUGUUACCUUGAGUCCCAUAGCUGCAUCAAGGUGACACACUACACACACAGCUCGACGUAGAGCGACGGACACCAGCAGCUGAAGAGCAGUACAUAAAGUCCCAUUUGGGUCCUUUAGAAAAUCAGGGUGGAACAGCCAGGCUCUGACAACUGGGCUCCUUUUCAAAAGAGGGAAAAGGUAUCAAACCCUUAUUGAGUGGCGUAGCCUGGCCCCCCACAUGCCUCUCUGCUCACAGCAGGUUGCCCUCCACUUCCGAAAACUAGUGGCAAGGAGGAGGCACCUGGAGGAUCUCGAAAAGCCAGGGACGUAGUGGGUGGGUCGGGACACCGCAGUUCCGGCACCUCUCGGACUCGGAACGCCUCUGCAGAGCUCUACCUGUGGUGUGAAUGAAGGGUAAAAGUUUCUUUCGCAUUUUAUAGCAGCUUAUUCCUACUUGGAAGUGCAGGGGAGCACACUUGUGUGAGAGAGCAACACACACCUAUGCAGACGUAGCAAACCAAACAAGGUGGCGAAACGCACAGUACAGCCGGGAGCGGCGCUGCUGCGACUGGAUGGUACCGCAGUCUCCCCACUGGAUGCACUUUGAGGUCUGCGCCAAGGAGCACGCGGAGCUUUACGGGACACGUGCGAGAUGGACAAAUGCAAGCGAGGUGGUGAUGGUUAGUGCGGUGUGACACGUGUGCGUGUUCGUGGCGAAGCGGGUGCGGUGACAUGUAUGCGGAUGAUGUGGGCUGCAGGUCUUUUACCACCAAGGUGUCACUGGACGCUGCCCUGUAGGUGAGAGGUGAGGAUCACACUUUGGCGAACUAAUGCUUGUAAUGUGUUUAAAACUGGAUGAUUACAAAACACCGUUUGUGUAAAUUGUGUUGAUAUAUAAAUGUGUUCAACAGAGCAGCCCUUUGCUUUACUGCAGUAAAUAAAACCCACGGGUGACUCUUGUCGUCUGUGUUUGCCAGAUAAAGAUGCAUGUCACUGCCAUUCGUCUCGAGUUGUCGGAGUGUUUUUUGUCCUUCCUGCUUGUGCGUUUGUGUCUUUUGCAAGGAGAAGGUAACGCAGGGAAGUGUGUGUACAGUCAUGCCGGUGUUUCUGCUCAGCACCUUGUAGCACUGUGUGUCACCGGUACGCAGCUGACCUGGAGGCCUCGUUUGGAGAAAACACACACACACACAGUUACUGUACUCUCGUGGGUCUCCAAAGUGUAUUCCGCUUUCCAGGAAGGGUCACUACUCGUGUCUCGCAGGUGUCCCACCUUCCUGUCCUGCAAGAGUCUGUUUCCUCCAAACAUUCGAGUCCCCGUUCAGCUGAUGAUGAGGCAUCUGAGAGCGGUGCCGUAAAAGUGCUAGUUUUUCCCCUCAUAAUUUAUUUUUGUUAUUUUAAAAAGCACCUGUAACAUCUUGGCUGAUGAAAAGGAACUUGUACAAGACAGGCAACUUGGUCUCUUCAAGGGGACCUGGAGGUGCU